AUGCCUGUGAACGCCAUGCCGAGAGCAGGAGGCGGCUCUCUGAGUCCGGCGGCGCUGUCCCGCAGCCUCUCCCGGCUCAGGGAGCUCCGAACGCGGACUCGCCUCAUGCUGUCGCUCGGUGUGGCGCAGAUGGUGCUCGGGAGUCUCAUCUUGGCUGUGAGCUUCGCCGCUUUGGCUCUUACUACCUCUCCCAGAGUCAGGCAUUCCUGUCCUUUCUGGGCCGGCUUCUCGGUGCUGCUGUCGGGUCUGAUUGGAGUCGUGUCAUGGAAAAGACCUCUCUCUCUGGUGAUCACCUUCUUCAUGUUGCUGUCUGCAGUCUGCGUGAUGUUGAACCUGGCGGGUGCCAUCUUGUCCUGUCAGAACGCUCAGCUCGUUAACUCUCUGGAGGAUUGUCAACUGAUAAAGUUCGACAGUGACGGCGUGUGUGUUUGCUGUACGCUCCAGCACCAGAGCUCCAGCUGCAACAAUCUGGGAGAGACGCUCAAACUCAACCCACUGAGGGACUGCAAUACCAUACGCCUGCGUCUGAAGGAGCUGUUGUUUAGUGUAUGUGCAUUAAAUGUCAUCUCCACCAUCGUGUGUGCUCUUGCCACGGCCAUGUGCUGCAUGCAGAUGGUCUCCACUGAUAUACUGCAGAUGUUCAUGCCUCACAGGGCGCGGGCUCUGAGCACUGACUGCAUGACGCCUCACGGCACCAUCCUUCACCAGACGCUGGACUUCGACGAGUUCAUCCCGCCCAUCCCCCCUCCGCCGUACUACCCUCCCGAGUACACCUGUACCCCCGUGCUGGAGGGACAGAGAGGUCUGCAUCUCGACUUCCCUCACUCCCCCUUCAGUGCCAUCUACGGCGUUCCUAUUAACAGCCCAGGAAUCGUGUAUCCAUCCGAGCUUCCUCCUCCGUACGAGUCAGUGGUGGGUCACACCCCUGCCAGCCAGGCCACCACAAGUUUGGAGCAGCAGGCCACUGAGUCCAGCGCAUGUGAGAGGAACACAACCACCGGCCUCAGCACUCAGGCGUCAGUGGACAGCGCGUCCCUGAUGGUGUCCGAAUCAGCAGACGUCCCUGAACGGAGCUGUUCCUCAGAUGAUCUGUUCUCUCUGGAGGUCCAGGGCUCCGAUUUAUCUCCAUACACGACGCUGUGUACCAGCUGCACCAGCCCGGAACACGGCGCUCGCUCUCACACUCGCUCUCACGCUAACCUGGAUUACAGUGAGUCCUCGAUCACGCAGGACUCCGUCACCCGCUCCCUUGAGAAUGUUGUUGCACCUGAGAGGGACGAGAGCUCCAUAACCAACCAGCUUCCAUCAGAGUCAAGAGUCAGUAUGAAGCUCACACUUCCUGUUCCUCCAGCACCCGAAGUCCAGCCUUGUGCCUCCGACUCUGGUGCUUUACCUUCUCCUUCAGGGCGACCGCGGGGCGCUCGGUUAUGCUUCACCGUCUGGUCACCUUCUUCCACCUCGGUGCCACAUCCCUCCUCUACCUCAGCACGUACUCUCCGAGUCAGGCGGUACCGCAAGCUAGCGAGGAUCGUCCGGUCCACCAGCGACCCCAUUUCCUGUAACUCUGUACAUAGACCUGAGAGCUGUGCCUGUACUUCUGCAGCGUUCAUGGAGCUUUCAGGCGGUACGGCGUCCCAGUGUGCCAAACACAACGGGCGUGGAGUGAAGAAGCAGAAGGAUUGUGAGAAAGCAGAACUCCGUCUGAAAGGCCGCACGCUGCACCACACCUCCAGCGAGCGCCCUCACUCGCUAGCCGACCUCCAGACCUACAAAGACACGAAGAUCCUGGUGGCUCGAUUCCUGGAGCACUCCAGCUGCAGCCUGCCUCUGGAAGUGCAGCAGGUCGUCAACAGCAUCAAGUGCGUCAUCAAAUCGGAUGAGAAGCACAUGGAGGAGGCCAUGUUCAGCGCCAGUAUUCUUGAUCAGGUGAUGUCACACUCGCAGCCAAUCACAAGCAGCCUCAGAAAACACACUCAUGAUGAUCUGCAUCUACAGAGCUGUGGGGCACUGAGUUCCCCGUCCUUGCGCCGGUGUAAUAAACCUCGGGUAUCAGGCCGAAUGGAUGCGAAUGAUGACCCGGGUCACAACCUCCCUCAGCGACCCAAAAGCCUCAUCAGUGUGUGCAGGGAAACCAUCCUUUGA